AUGGGCGUGGCUUUACCAUUUACUGCGUCAAGGGCGUUGCUCUCACUCUUCAUCGCAGCUGUGGUAUUUUAUUGUUUCUUCCACCAAAUACCGACGUACCGUACUCCCAAGAUCAAUUUUAUUCCUAGCAGCUAUGAAUGGAGUCGACAUAAGCUGCAACAUCCAGUGGAAUUGAGUAGCAUGGUCAAACCUCCCCGCGGCUCACCUGCGAAUCUCCCCCGAAUUCAACACGACUUUUCGAACCCCGAAUUGAGAAAACGAGAGCUCGCAACAGCCGAUGUCCGACGAAAAGAAAUCCUGCAAGCUUUCAAAAAGACAUGGAAAUCCUACGAAAAACAUGCCUGGGGACAUGACGAACUCAAACCGUUGAGCUUGCAAGGCAGUGAUCCUUUUGGCGGGUGGGCCGCUACCAUCUGCGACAACCUCGACACGCUAUGGCUCAUGGGUAUGAAGCGAGAGUUUUACAAGGCCGUCGACUACGUUUCCCGCAUGGACUGGGAUUUACCUACUAGCAACGGUUUCAAUGUGUUUGAAACAACCAUCAGACAUCUUGGCGGUCUACUUGCGGCUUAUGAACUCAGUGGUGAGAGCGCCUUGCUGGCCAAGGCAAUUGAGGUGGGGGAUUUGCUGUAUGCCACAUUCGACAACGAAGAACACAUGCCGCCCCAUACUAUACACUUUAGCGACCUCAAAGAUGGCAAAGGUCGUCCUGAGCCGCGACAGAGUACGGCUAGUUUGGGGAGUAUGAGUAUGGAGUUUACUCGUCUUUCGCAGCAGACGGGUAAUCCCAAGUAUUACGAUGCAAUUGACUUUAUCACCAAGGCCUUCGAGAGGACACAAAACGAAACUUCUAUUCCUGGACUCUGGCCGAUUCAGAUUAAUGCGCAGGAUGGAUUCAAGGUUACCGACAAUACGUUUGGCUUGGGUGCUAACGGCGAUUCGCUUUACGAGUACCUCAUCAAGGAGUACGUUCUUCUGCAGGGCCUUGAACCAAAGUACGAAAAGAUGUAUCUCAAGGCCGCCGACGCUGCAAUUGAACAUCUAAUGUUCCGACCGAUGCUGCCGGAGAAGGAGGAUGUGCUCAUGUUGGGUGAAGCCACUGCCUCCCCUCGAACGAAAGAGGUCCGAUUGAGGACAGAUGUCGAACAUCUCACUUGUUUCGCAGGAGGCAUGUAUGCUCUCGGAGGACGAGCCCUUGGACGAGAUGACCACGUUGUCAUCGGCGAAAAACUAGCUCGAGGCUGCGCAAAAGCCUACUCUGCCUAUCCAACCGGCCUCAUGCCCGAAAUCGUCCACGUCGAGCGCUGUCCAACUCUCGAACCCUGCGAGUUCAACCCAAGCUCCCAGAAAGAACCCCUCGGAUUCCGCGCCCGAGACUCAACCUACCUUCUCCGACCCGAGACCAUCGAGAGUAUCUUUUAUAUGUACCGCAUCACCGGAAAGGAAGAGUUUCGGGAUAUUGCGUGGGAUAUGUGGCUUGCGGUCCGCGCAGCUGCCGAGACGGACGAGGCGUUUGCGGCGGUGAUGGACGUCAACGCGGAUGGGGAGAUUAAGCAUAAAGAUUCCAUGGAGAGUUUUUGGAUGGCUGAGACGUUGAAGUAUUUUUAUCUUAUUUUUGCGGAUGAGGAACUUGUUAGUUUGGAUGAGUGGGUGUUUAACACAGAGGCGCAUCCAUUAAGACGGAUGGUGAAUUAG